UCUGCGUCUGCGUUUGCUCUUGCUUGUGGCUUCAUCGCACAAAACCUAACUCUCGUAUUCUCUGGACGAUAAGAGAACCUUGGAGAUCAUUGUCAAGAUAGUUAUGGACGACAAGAUCAGUCAAUUACCUGAUGAAUUGCUCUUGAAGGUACUAUUGUGUCUUCCCACGAAAGUUGCUGUAAGCACAAGUAUUUUAUCUAAGCGAUGGGAGUUUCUUUGGAUGUGGUUGCCUAAACUUGAGUACAGCUACUCCUCAGAGUCUAAAUCCUGGAGAUUAAGUCCUUUCAUUCAUUUAAAUCUGCCAUUACAUAAAGCUCCAAUCAUAGAAAGCUUACGUCUCAACUUUGACGUAUUCGACAGAGGUAUAGUCAACGGUAUCAAUAACUGGGUUUUAAUUGCAGUGUCUAGAUGCGUCCAAGAGUUACGUGUCACACUUGCAUUUACGCAUUAUAAAUUAGCUAACUUAGCUGAAGUACCGAGUUAUUUGUUUACCUGUAAAUCGCUGGUGAUCUUGGAACUUACGGGCAAGGUUUACGUGCAUGUUCCUCGUACGGUUUUUCUCCCCUCCCUGAAAUUUUUGAUCCUUCGACGUAUGUGGUACUCAGAUAAAAAAUCUCUUCACAAACUUCUUUCUCAUUGCCCUGUUCUUGAGGAUCUACUUGUGGAACGAAAUGAUGAUGACAAUAAUAGAACAUUUACAUUGAGUGUAAUUGUCCCGUCCUUGCAGAGACUAACCCUAAAGAUAUCUAGAGGAAAUCAUUUUGAAGGGCUUGUGAUAAACACUCCUUCUUUGAAGUAUUUCAAAAUUAUGGAUUAUAUAGAGGAAUAUAAACUUGAAGAUAGUAGUUACUCCUACUAUUUUGAAGACACCCCUAAGUUGGAGGAGGCAGAUAUUGAAUCGACAUACCCUGAUAUCAACAAGUUUGUUAGAUCAAUCAGAUCUGUAAGGAGGCUUUCACUAUGCAUUAGAGUCAAUGCUGAUGAGGAGGCUUUAUAUCAUGAGGGUAUUGUCUUUGGCCAGCUUCAGCAUCUAAAGCUAUGUUCAUGUGGUCCAAACUGGUCAAAUUUACUUGCCCGGUUACUCAAAGAUUCUCCUUUGUUACGUGACCUUGAGGUCUAUUUGAAUGACGAUCAUACAUAUUCUAGAGUGGAUGCACCGGUUCCCUGGCAGAAUCAACUGGAUUGUGUUCCUACAUGUUUAUUGGCAAGUCUUGAGACUUUCAAGUGGACAUUGGUGUAUGGAUCACAAGAAGAGAUAGAUCUGGUGAAAUAUAUCUUGAGAAAUGCUCGCUGCUUAAAGGCUGCCACAAUCUUGUUUCGGCCGUCGUUUUGUCAACAAGAAGAGGAGAAACUUGAGAUGGCGAAACAAGAUUUGAUAUGCAUUUAUGUAGACAUAUAUCUAUAUGCCUAUUGUCAGAUUUUUUUUUCCAACUUGGAUAAAUAGUACUUUCUUUUUUUUUUGAACGGCAAGACGAAUAGUAUAUGAUUGCAUUUCGAAGAAACAUUAAAGUU